AUUGACAAUUAUGCUCUUUCAUAUUUUCAUUGGCAAUAAUAGAGCAUCUUAUCUAUUUCUGUUGAAUGUUUAGAUAUAAGCUGCAUGAUUUUGUUGUAGCACUAGAAUCUUAUCUUUUUCUAUUGAAUGUAUUUUUAAGGUUCUUGAAAUGGCUCGUAUUGGGAAAAGAAGAAGAGCAAAACAAGUUCAAUUGGUUAUUACAAUGAUUAUUGUAGUUUUUAUGCUGUUUUGGAUUUGGUAUUUGAUGAGCGUUGUUACAAUUAGAGGGGCUCAAAUAAAUGAAAGGAAAAGGAAUAGGAAAUUGUUACGCUCGUUAUUUUUGAGUCACUUAAUAAGACAGAGUGAUGUAAGCUGUAAAAGUGAGCUUCGUGUCAAUAGACGUACUUUUAAUAUUAUUUGUGAGAUGCUCAGAGAUAUAGGAGGUUUAAGUGGAACAAGAAAUAUGACUCUUCAAGAGAUAGUUGCAAUGUUUUUGUACACAUUGGCUCAUCAUCAAAAGAAUGGGUCAAUUGGAAAUCUCUUUUUAAGAAGUGGGGAAACAGUGAGUCAACAAUUUAACCUAUGUCUAAGGGCUAUUUUGAAGUUGCAUGAACACUUAUUGCACAAGCCUAUAGCGAUAUUUGAUGAAUGUGAAGAUGAAAGGUGGCAACCUUUCAAGGUAUAAUUCCAUUCAUGUUCUUUUUUCUAUUAGAUUUUCAUGUAAUGUAUGUAAAUGAGUCAUAUCUUUGUCUUUUAUAAUGUAGAGUUGUCUAGGAGCGCUAGAUGGUACCUAUAUUAACGUAAGAGUGACUUCACAAGAAAGGGGAAAAUAUCGAACAAGGAAAGGCACAAUUGCUAUGAAUGUUUUAGGUGCUUGUGCACCUAAUAUGGAAUUUAUUUAUGUGCUUCCGGGGUGGGAAGGAUCAGCCCAUGAUGUACGUGUCCUUCGUAAUGCUCUCUCUAGGCCAAAUGGUCUUAGGGUACCUCGAGGUAAAUGGAAUAGGUCUUUUUUUGUGUGAGUAUAAUUAUAGUUGUUAGUAAGGUAUCUAGUGAUUAUCUUAUUUUGAUUUUUGUGAAGGUAAUUAUUAUUUGGUUGAUGCGGGCUACACUAAUUGCGAUGGAUUUCUCGCUCCAUAUAGGGGGCAACGAUAUCACCUUAAAGAAUGGACAGAUAAACAACCUGAAAGUGCCGAGGAAUAUUUUAAUAUGAAACAUGCUAGGGCAAGAAAUGUGGUAGAGAGGUGUUUUGGUUUACUUAAAGGGAGAUGGAGCAUACUUAGGAGUCCCUCGUUUUUUCCUAUACGCACCCAAGGUCGUAUCGUGAUGGCUUGUUGUUUACUACAUAACUUAAUUAGAAGAUUCAUGCCUACUGAUGAUAUAGAGGAAGAAGAGUUGAGUGAAGAUUCCGAUGAUGAUUCUGAUGAUGAACCUGAAUAUAUUACAAGUGUUGCAACUUCAGAUCAGUGGACCAAUUUUAGAAACACACUAGCACAAGAUAUGUUUAAUGGGUGGAGGGCAAGAGGUAGAAGAGUUUAGCAGUCAAGAUCCUCGGUGUAGUGGGUUCAAAUUACAAGAUGUAACUUGAUUUACUCUUUAGUGCUAAGACCAAACUGUUAUACUCCUGUAACUUGAUUUACAUACUUUUUUGGUGAUAUGUUAAAUUUACUUACUUUUUUAGUGAUAUGUUUAAUUUACUUACUUUUUUCUAGUACACCAUAUGAUACCUAUACUCUUGCACUCAUUGUCUUGAUAUAUGUAAAUUUUCUCCUUGAAGUUGUAUAUGAUGGGAGAAGAGGGAAGCAAUCGAGGAAGAGGUAAGAAUAAGCGUUUUUGGACCUUUGAGGAAGAUACGGUGCUCAUAAAAUAUUUACAUGAGUUAUCUAUCGAUCCUAAAUGGAAAAGUGAAAGUGGCUUCAAGAGUGGUUACAUGAAUAAGUUGGAAGAAAUGAUAAAAUAUGUGCUACCUAAUUGUGGCUUGAAAGCUGAUCCACACAUUGAGUCAAGGAUUAAGCAUUGGACAGAGAAAUAUAGUGCAAUGGCAGAGAUGUUAUCUACUUCUGGAUUUGGAUGGGAUUCGGACAAAAAAAUGUUGCAAGUAGAGAAAACUGUAUUUGAUGAAUGGGCUAAGGCUCACAAGAAAGCAAAGGGGUUGUAUGGAGUACCCUUUCCUCAUUAUGAGACACUUGCUGAAAUCUAUGCAAAAGAUAAAGCAACCGGAGAAGUUAGUGAAUCAUUUGUUGGAGCUAUUGAUAACUUGAAUGUUGAGAUUGCAAAUCAGUCUAUGACAAUACAGAGUGACGAAGACGGUUAUAUAGAUUCUCCCACUCAUUCUACCCAUUCCACUCAACCAACAACUCAAUCCCAUAAGCGGCCAAUGAAGAAAGAGGAUGAUAAUACUCCUUCCAAAAAAGCAAAGAUGAAAGAAAUGAAGGGAAAAGGAAAGACACAUCAAAGCAAAGAUGCUAAUGAAUUAGUAGCUUCUCUUCAUAAUACAUCUAAUACUUUUGGGAAAAUUUUCGAGGACAUAAAUGCAAAUCUUGGAACUAUAGCAAAUUCAUGGUCCAAAGCCGAAGAAAAAGAGCAAAAAAUGGAUGAUGAAGUGAAUAAGGUGUUAGAAGAAGUUAUGAAAUUGGAUGGUGUUUCUCCUUCGGAAUCUUUAGAGGUGGCAACAAUUCUCAUGGCUGAAAAACAUAAGCUUCGAAUCUUUUUUUCAAGCUCCAACUAACUUGAAGAAACAAUAUGUUUUAGAUCUCCUUAAGAAAAAGUAGGUGGGAGUAUUGCUAAUCAUCUACAAUGUAUGGCCUCUGAAACUUUAAUUAAGGCUUAUUUUGUUCUUGAAUUUCAGAAUUUUGUAGUAUACAUUUGUUUGGU